AUGGUUUUGGGGAGAUUAACAGUCAUUUUGAACCUGAUUCUCUGGGUGAAGAACAUCCACACCGAUACGUCCACAUCAUGCAGGACGGCAGGAAACUGGAGCUGUACGGAUCCCAGGCCGUAUCUGCUCGUUGGUCUCAAGAACUUCAUUCUCCAGAUGGACCUGGACAGAACCAGUCCAAAAAGGCUUGCAUCUGGCUUGGGAAACGACAUUCUGAUGGACUUUCACUACAGGGAAGGAAGAGUGUAUUGGGUCGACACACACACGGGUGUCCUGAGUCGGAUCCAGCUGGACGGAACACACACUAAGAAACUUCUAUCACUGGGGAAAGGAAUCUCAGGCCUGGCUGUUGACUGGAGAGGAAACUCUGUGUACUGGAGCAGCAGGAAAACAGGGACGAUCCAGAGAGCAGAUGUGGAUGGACACGAGGUGAAAACCAUCCUGAGAGACCUGAGUCGACCAAGUGACAUCGUGAUCGACCCAAACGCACGGUUUGUGUUCUGGUUAUCGGACGGCGUGAUGUCUGGUAUCCAGCGCUUGGAUCUGAUAGGAGAUCUGAUCUUCACACUGCUGGAAAUCCCAGACAGGUUGUUAUGUUUGGCUGUGGAUGUUGUGGAGAAGAAGCUGUUCUGGAUUCAGGAUGGUGGGAGUGAACUCAGCUCUCUCGGCUCCUGCGAUUAUAAUGGCAACCUCGUUAACGUCAUCAACCAGAGAUUACGGACGAAGUCUCCGAAGAUGUCGCUUUUCUCUGAUUAUGUGUACCUGACGGACUCCGAGUCACAGAGUGUAUUGAGAGUUAACAGGCACACUGGAGAACCUGCUGAGAUGCUGAAGAUGCGGAGCGUUCCUGUCGAUGUUAAAGUGAUCCAUCCGAUGAAUCAGCUAGUGGAGGAGAGCCGUGCUGCGUUCACUCCGGUAUGUAAGACAGAUGAGUGUGUGAAGGUGUGUUCCAGCCCUGGUGGUCAUUGUAAGUGCAAUUCCGGCUUCAGGCUCAGCGAACUCGAAGACUCGUGUGAAGAUAUAAACGAAUGUGCUCUGUGGAAUCACGGCUGCUCGCUGGGGUGUGAGAACGUUCCAGGUUCUUAUUUCUGCACCUGUCCUGAAGGAUACAUUCUCCUGCCUGACCACAAAACCUGUAUAGAAAUGCAGCCAUGUGUGGAGAAUGGUACACUGUGUGAACACGCUUGCACACACACAGUAGAAGGCGACGUGUGUGUGUGUCCAGUUGGAUCUUCCCUCAAGCCUGAUGGACGUGCCUGCACAGGUUGUGUGUCUGUGGAUCGAGGUGGUUGUAGUCAGGUGUGUGUGACGUUGUCGCCCGGGAGGUGGGAGUGUGAGUGCCAGCCUGGAUACCAACUACAGCCAGAUGGCAAACAAUGCAAAGCCCUAGGUCCUCCAGCGUGGAUGCUAUUUGCUAACAUGGUGGAUGUGAGGAAAGUGAAAGUCGAUGGAUCAGAGAGCACAAGUCUGAUUAAUGAAACCAAACGCUUCAUCACAGCUGUGGAUUAUGAUCCUGUCCAGAACAGGGUGUACUUUGCUGAUACUGAGCGUAGACAGAUUGAGAGUGUGAGUGUAGAUGGAGGUAAGACAGAGGUGCUGAUCGAUGAUCUCGUCUCACCCGAGGGAAUCGCGGUGGACUGGAUCAACCGCAACAUCUACUGGACAGACCGAGGUCAGUCCUCUGUGUCCUGUAGUCGAUUGGACGGUUCGAACAACACACUGCUGAUUCACGACAAACUUCUGCAGCCAAGAGAUGUGACAGUUCAUCCUCAAGCUCAAAUGAUAUUCUGGACAGAUGUGGGUGUUCCCGUGGCGGUAUGGAGGGCGGGGCUGGAUGGAUCGGACCGCACAGUGCUGAUCAGUUCUGGACUCGUGUCUCCCUGCGGCAUCAGUGUGGAUCACAGCACACACACACUGUACUGGAGUGACAUCACAACCGGACACAUCGAAUCAGCAGGACUGGACGGCUCACACCGACACACACUCACAAACCAGCAAGUAGGUCAUCCGUUCGACGUGGCAGUGUUUGAAGACACUCUGUGGUUUACUAACUGGAAAGAUAAUCACAUUUAUCGUCUGGAUAAAAGAACAGGAAGUGAUGUGGAGCGACUCGAUGUGGAUUCUGUUAAACCAGCAUCACUCGUUAUAGUGCACCAUCUCAUUAAACCAGGGGCGGACCUUUGUCUCCAUGGAAACGGAGGAUGUUCCCAUGUUUGUGAAAGCAGACUCGGAUUGGUUCAUUGCUCCUGUCAAUCACAGCAUGUUCUUUCAACUAAUGGCAAAACCUGCCUGCAUGUAGAUGCUUCAUCCUUGUCUUCAUCCACUUCUUCUUCUUCAACGUCUGCAGGGUCAGGUGAUCCAAAAUGGAGUGAUCAGAUGAAGAAUAAAUCCCCAAACUAUGAGAGUUUCCCUUCAUCUCCUUUGUCCUCUGAACGAGAACGCAUCAGCGAGAAGAUGGUGUCAGAUCAGGAUGAAUGUUUCUAUCUGAACUGCAGUGAGAACGCUCAGUGUGUGUUGGAGGAGGGAGGAUCUGUGUGCCGCUGUCUGAGUGGCUUCACCGGAGACGGACAUCGUUGUAUGCUGGAGCACAGCAGCGCCCUCUCCAGGCCAAGCUCAGGGACGCCACUCGACAUGACGACUUCGUGGCAGCGUGGGGACGUGGUGGUCUGUCCAUCUACACACGACUCCUACUGUCUCCACGACGCUGUGUGUUUCUACUUUCCUGAGAUGGAGACCUACGCCUGCAACUGUGCUCCAGGUUAUAUGGGAGAGCGAUGUCAGUACAGUGAUUUAAAGUGGUGGGAUCUGCAGCAGGCUGAACAUGAGAAGAGGAGAAACACCGCCAUCGCUGUGUGCAUCACUUUACUCCUCCUGCUGCUGUCCAUCACAGCCACCAUCACCUACUGCUACAGGUACUACAGGUGUAGGAGGUGUUCAGAGACACGUGUCCCAGUCGACGUGGUCAGUGAAGCGUGUGUGUGUGAGAAAAGCGUCACGGAAACACCGUCUAUCAGCCCUCAGUUCUAUAUAGUGCUGGACUACAGAGUGUGUAACAAUGAAAAGAUUCCUCCAGUGGUCGAGUCCCAAAAAAGAGGAGUGUGUCCAUGCUGCUGUUCAGAAACAGAUGACAGUGUUGUCUCUGAAGACUCUAUGACUCAGAAAACUCUUGUGGAUUUUGCAGUCAGUGACACACCAGCGUCAUGUACGAAGCCGAGUGUCGAUCUGAUCUCUCUGGACAGUUCACACACACCAUCACUGAUCUGAAUAUCUGCUGCCUGUGUGUGUGGUGUGUGUGUGUGUGUGUGUGUGUGUGUGUGUGUGUGUGUGUGUGUGUGUGUGUGAGUGAGAUCAUAAGGCUUUGGGAUUGAGGAUGUGUCGAUGUGAACGUGUACUGCGGAAAAAAUCGGAUAUUUUAAUAAUCGCAAAAUCAACAAAAGUACAAAACAUUUUCUUCACCAAAAUCUUACCACAAAGUUGGAGACACAAUUGUUCCGGACGUCUCUGGAUGUAGGAACAUGUACAUUUGCCUUCACUUGAACUAGGAGACCCAAACCAGCUCCAGCAUGAUGUUACCCCUGUGCACAAAUCCAGCUCCAUGAAGAUCUGUUUUCCAUGGUGUGAAGUGGAAGAUCUCCUGCUAUAAACCUACUGAACAUCUUAUUUUGGGACUUAACUAACACCUUGUAGAUGAAUAAACCUCCACAAAGUCUAGUGGAACAUCUUCCCAGAAGAGUGAAGAUUAUUGUAACAGUGAAUGGGGACAGAAAGUGGAAUGAGAUGUUAAGACAGGAGAGAAAGUGAGUGGAUUGACGCAGGACACACACAGGACUGGUUUAACCUUAAACCCACAUUUAUUAUAUUAAAGUUUACAUGUUUAUAUUUUAUUGAUUGAAUAUUGCUAGUUUAUUCAUUUCAGGGUUUUUUUUAAUAAAUAAAUAAAUAAAUCCAGACCGUAAAUUAGCUCCGCCCACAAGCACACAUCUUUAAAUAGUAAUAAGGAACUUAUCAGGGUUUUUAAAUAAACAAUAAAAAUGAAAAUAAAUUCUUUUUAUUGUUAUUAUGUGCACAUUUUACAUGUGGAUGAGUUUCUCUCUCCCCUC